UUCUUCAUAUAGAUUAUUGAGCUGAAUUAUGGUUCAGUGGUACCCAACGUCAAACCACGUGCCGAUAGAACUCUUUCGUGAGGCUACCAAGCACACCACAACCCACACUGCUCUUCUCAUCGAACAUUUCGGAUGCUUCCUCUUUCAAAUACUCCCAUAUAAAAAGUUAAUAGAGCACAUUCAGCUCCACCAUAAAACAGCCUCUAGUACGCUAAUCGAUACCUCUAAGUGACGAUCAGAGCCCAGGCGCGCGGCUAUUGCAUUCCAGACCAACGCCAGCUCUCGCAUGCUCAACGCCUACUGAUUGAGGUGAGCUGAAAUUGUAGUCGCGUUUAUAUAGUGCUCCGGCUGCCCCAAAUAUCCAUCUCUCCUCCAAAUUUGUCAAAGAUCAAAAUUAUCAUUUCUUUAUCGUCGUCUUCGCAAUGCGCUUCACAACCCUCAUCCCCCUCCUCUCCCUCACCCCAGCCGUCUACAGCUGGGGCGAGCUCGGCCACCGCACCGUCGCCUACCUCGCAUCGAAACAUUUCACCAGAGAUGCCUCAGAACUCGUCAACACCCUCCUGGCGAACGACCAAGGCUGGGACAUCUCAGACGGCGCUAUCUGGGCCGACGCCAUCAGACACCGAAAUGGGUACACCCAUACCGGCGAAUGGCAUUAUAUAGACGCCCUCGACGAUCCCCCAAACUACUGCAACGUGACCUACACCCGCGACUGCAAAUCCGGCCCAGGGUGCAUCGUCGACGCCAUCGCCAACUUCACGUCUCGAAUCAACAACCCACAUCUCGACUUAGUGCAGCAAAAAGAAGCGCUCAUGUUCAUCAUCCACUUCAUCGGCGACAUCCACCAGCCGCUGCACACGGAGCACCUCUCGCGCGGCGGCAACGGCAUCAAGGUGUGUUUCGACGCGCAUUGCGGCGAGAGGGAGAACUUGCAUGGCGUGUGGGAUAGGGCUAUCCCGCAUAAGCGGCGUGCACUUAGUGCUGCGGAAAGCGAUAAGGUGAUACUGAAAGCGGCGGCGGCGGCAUGGGCGGAGGAGUUGUAUUUGCGGGAGGAGAAACGGGCUGCCCAGUGUGAUGACGUCGAGACGGCGCAGAUGUGCGCGUUGGAGUGGGCGAGUGAAGCGAAUGCGUGGGUCUGUGGGUUCGUGUUGGAGAAGGGGCAGGCGUGGCUUGAGGGGAACGAUUUAGGUGGUGAGUAUUUUGAGGGUGCGGGCCCCAUUGUAGAUGAGUUGGUUGGGAAAGCGGGAUUGAGACUCGGGAAUUGGCUGAAUGCUUUGGCGGCAGAGAGGGCCGCUGCAGAGACUAUGUUGGUGCAGGACGGAGAGAGGAGUGAGGUUUGAUGAGCUACAAGACAUGAAUUGAUGUAUGCCAUAAUUGUCGAUGCUAUUUGGUAUCUAUUGCGCUAGUGGUAUAAUGAUGUGCAAAGACGAGAUGACUGUUACCCGAUCAAUCCCUCCUGCGGCUGAUGAGGCUUCUUUG